AUGGCGGGCCACAAGAACAGCAACAAGGAGAUGCCGCCAGCACCUCCAUUAGCGAUGGGGUCGCCUCCAUACUACUAUCCUGGAGCCGUGAGCAGCUCUUCCGUCCCCAACACCUCGCCUAUUCACUGGUAUGGUCCAUCUGAUUUCUGCAAGUCGUGCAGGGGGAAGAAGGUUGUGCCAGGAAUAAAAACAGUCUCUAUUGAUAUAGCGCCUGGUACGGAUGAUGAGGAUGUCAUGAAAGUGCUUAGAUCAGGUCAAGCAGAUCCAGACGGUCUUCGUGCUGGUGACCUUUAUGUAGCCAUUAAGGUUCGUGGGGAUCCAGUAUUCCGGAGAGAGAAAGGUGAUAUCCAUGUAGAUGCUGUCUUAAAUGUGACUCAGGCAAUUCUGGGAGGUACUGUUCAAGUGCCAACUCUCGCUGGAGAUGUUGUUCUAAAGGUUAAGCCUGGUACUCAACCUGGUCAGAAGGUUGUUCUGAGAGGAAAAGGAAUCAAGACAAGAAACUCAUAUUCUUAUGGAGACCAAUAUGUCCAUUUCAAUGUCAAAAUCCCCGUGAAUUUGACACAGAAACAGCGCAUGCUUCUCGAGGAGUUCGAGAAGGAAGAGAAGGGCGAGGACGACAAGGACGCGGAAAAGGCAGCUGGCGCAUCAGGAUAGACGGUCUUAGGAGCCAAGCCGCCCAGCAUUUCAUGGGCGUUUUAGCUCAUCACACACCACAAGAUAGAGUAGGAUGCUGCCUGGAAUUCACAGGUUUAAGUUACAUAGUUAGGUUGCAUGGGAUUCGCAUCGCAACAAAUAGAUCCUGGUUUCGAGUUUUUGUAGCUGGAAUAAUAAAGCUACACCUGCCACCUGGCAUGUACUAUUAUUGUCGUAAGAGUGUUGAUGACGGUCGGGGGCAUCUUGUAUUGUAUAAUUGAUCUUGUUAUGUGUUAGAGACAUACUGAACA